AUGAUUAGUUCUGCAAGGGCAGCAUCAAUGCAAACGGUGAAUGUGGACGAUUUUGGAGCGAAAGCUGAUGGUCGAACCGAUGAUUCUCAGGCAUUCAAGAAAGCUUGGAGCAAGGCCUGUAGUUCUUCCCAACAAAGCCUUAUUCUAAUUCCCAACAAGACUUAUUAUAUCAAUCCCAUCAACUUUACAGGUCCAUGUAAAUCUGCUCUUAAAAUGGAGAUUCGAGGAACAAUUGAAGCUUUUCCAAACAUGUCAUUGUAUGAGAAAAGUCGAAGACGAUGGAUAUUCUUUGAGAAAGUAAGAAACUUUGAAGUUUAUGGUGGUGGAACCAUAAAUGGCAAUGGUCAAGGAGGGCGUGGAUACGCGAAGAAUAUCGUAUUUGAAAAUGUGAUGAUGCAAAAUGUGACUAAUCCCAUAAUUAUCGAUCAAAACUAUUGCGAUCAAGAUAAACCAUGCCAACACCAGAAAUCAGCAGUGCAAGUGAAGAAUGUAGUUUACAAAAAUAUUAGAGGUACAAGUGCUUCGGAGAAUUCUGUUGGGGCAGCAUCAAUACAAACUGUGAAUGUGGACGAUUUUGGAGCAAAAGCUGACGGUCGAUCUGAUGAUUCAGGUACUUCAUCAGUAAAAAUGUCGAAUGCAUUUAAGAAAGCUUGGAGAGAGGCCUGUAAUUUUUCUCAACAAAGCCUUGUUCUGAUUCCCAACAAGACUUACCAUAUGAAACCAACCAGCUUUUCUGGUCCAUGUAAAUCGGCUCUUAAACUUGGAGGGCACAGGCAAAGGCUGGUUUGUGACUCAUCUGAAGUAUUGUAUUGGGGAAACUUCCCUGCGGUUUUGCUAUUGUCAGGCAAUUCAUUCUUGGCUUGGUUACUUGUAUGA